UGGCUGGUUGCAUUGAUGCUAAUCCUUUUCUCUUGGCAGGUAAUAGAAGAUAUUGAGUACCUGAAGUUCAACAAGGGACCUUGGCCCGAACAGGACGACGUCUCUUUUCAUCACUUGAGGGUUCUGGCACAGGACAAGUACAGUGUGAUCCUUCCUACAACUCUCCCUUUCUACAUACCUGAAAUCACAGUGGGAGGCCUCGAUGCUGACAAAGCGUUUAAUGAAUACAAGGAGCUUCCUGGACGUAAAUACGAACAAGGCUACAACGCUGAGGCUGGCGACAAAUGGAUCUGGCUGAAAUAAUGGGUUGGUGGAGCUCCUGUUAUCAGCCUGCCUUUUGUGGGGGAUGCCUGAAGCUGGACUGACACGACCAGGUCAUUGUCGAAUGACCUUGAAAAGAACGAAGUCUAAAUCGCCCUCCACGCAAAGUAAUUCUCAACUGAAUCCCAUUAGGAAGACUGACAAGUGAUUGGCAUGGCAGGUAGGCAUGGCCCUGGGAAUGUGGUCUUCUCAUCACAAUGGUGGCUGGUCCAGGAGCUUGGCUGGAUUUGGAUGAAAUAAAACCCUUUACUCGAACUA